AUGCGCCGUCUACAGCUAUCGCUUCUGGCGGCCUUGCCGCUGUGCAGGGCCAAGUCGCCCGCCUUUAGCAUCCACGAGGACUUGCAGGCCUUUCCGCAGUUUGAGGUCGUCUUCUCCAACCACUACAUCUCGGAGAAGGAUGCGCAGUCGCUGCUGGAAUACAACAUCGAACACCCCACGUUUUCGGCCGAUUCGUCGCAGCCUACAAUCAGCGAUACCGGCGGCAGCGGCACAGCCCAAGAUGGUCACGAUGGACGCUAUACUGCCACCAAGAACGAGUCGCCUCUCACAUACGAAGUGAUGAACAUGCCGCCGCAUCGAUACCUCUGCGCCAUACCCGUCAUCGAGCCUCCGUCUCCGGAGAACCAGACGGCAACCGAACUGGCCAAGGCAGAAGAGGCACGCGAGCUUGACCGAGCUGCUGCUAGCGGCUGGAACCUGCUCAGCCAGCUCGACGACACAUGCCUCUAUUUCAUGUCGGGCUGGUGGAGCUACAGGUUCUGCAACAAUCGCGAGAUUGUGCAGUUUCAUGCCCUUCCCUCGACGCCCAUGGGAAAGCCGCCCCAGCGCGAUCCCCAUGCCGCCGAAUACAUCCUGGGCCAGGCGUCUCUCCCCGAAACAUCUGAAACACACUCGACGUCAUCUUCUAGCUCUGGCGAUGAUGAGAAGCCACCGGCCGAGUUACAAGUCAAGGGCGAUCAGCGAUAUCUCGUGCAGAGGCUCGGAGGGGGGACUAUAUGCGAUUUGACGAUGAGGGAGCGAACCAUUGAGGUCCAGUACCACUGCGUUCCGGGAAUGAAAAACGACCGCAUCGGAUGGAUCAAGGAGGUUACAAUUUGCGCAUAUGUCAUGGUGGUCAACACGCCGAGACUGUGUGACGAUGUUGCCUUUUUGCCGCCGGAGGAGAAUAAGGCAAAUCCAAUUACUUGCCAGCUCAUUACCGAUGAUGAAAGGCAGACGCCUCCGCUUAUUGAUCAGCGCCCAACUAAAUUUCCCAAAGUGGAUGAGCCGAUUGAGCAGGAAGAGGAGUCGGGCGAGCUGCAUAAUACGGUGGAUGAGACUCCGGUUACAGUUGGCGGCGUGCUUGUCGGCGGACGGAAAUCACUUUCUGCCGGUGACAAGGAUGGCCAGCCGCCAAUCAUACUGGCACCGCCCCGAAACUACAUGAACACUCAGCAAGCUACGGAGCAGCUCAUCAAGGUGCUCGUCCAAGCAGCCAGCAAAGAAGACGGCGGUAAGGUCGACCGCCUUAGCAAGGAGGAGCUCGAGAAGCUGAACAUCAAGCCCGACAUGGUAGAGGAGAUGGAGGAGGAGAUGAAGCGGCUCGCGGGCGAUGCUGGCUGGCAGCUGGAGAUUGUGGGUGGUGUUGACGAUGAGGAGAGGCAGCUUCGUGGGUGGUUGCAUGAGGAGGGUGAUGGUGAUGGUGAUGGUGACGGUGACGGCGCGGAUGAGAAGGCGAAAGGAGGGAAGGGGAAGAAGAGUGAUAAGGGUUCGGGGAAGAAGGGUUCGGGCAAAAAGGAGAAGAGUAAAGACAAUGGUGGCAAUGGGAAGCGGAAGAAGGGGCCGGAUGAAGAAGGGAGUGAGGAGCGGUUUUUCAAGGAGGAACUGUGA